AUGUGGCACGAGGCGCGGCGGUCGGAGAAGCGCGUGCACGAGAUGAUGGACGCGGCGAAGAAGCGCGCCGAGCGCCGCGCGGAUCAGCGGUCUCGGCGCGCGGGGGAUCCGACGCAGCUGCUGCGCGUGGCGGGCACCAAGCUCCGCCUGGCGCACGACUCCGCCGUCUACCAGUCCGCGCAGGACCUCUCCGGCCUCAUCCCUUGGAACAACAGAGAGGACACACUCAUAGACAGGUUUGAUGGGCGAGCCAUGCUGGAUUUCAUUCGCGAGUAUGAUCCGCACCGGCACAGGGCGAUGGAAUUGACAGAGCAGCAAGAGGAGGAGGAGGAGGCGUGUAACUUCGAGCGGUAUCGGGAUCUCGUGCGGCUGGGCUGGCAUGCAAAGACUGAGGAGGAGGGAUUGCAGCAGGUGGAGCGAGAGAUGGAGGCCAGAGCCCACGCUCAGCUCAAAGCCAACAGAUCACCCAUCGAACUCUCCUCCUCUCUUUCUCCCUUCCAUCUUCCUUUCAUUCAGGCCAAAACUGCCUGCUUCUGCUACUCUUCUGAACCUUUCUUCCUUCCCUCUUCUGUUUUCCCCAGGCCGAAACUGCCUGCUGCAGCAGCAGCAUCUGCAGCAACACCAGCAGCAGGCAAGGGGGCUUACGCUAACAUGCCGUUCUCUUAUGGAAGCAGUGACUACAACGCAGGUGAUUAUAUGGCGGAGCGGUACGGCAUCGAGGAGUACGGGCGGCACAUGGAUUUGGCAGUAUCUGCCUUGGAGAAAGAGAGGAGGCUGCGACAGAUGGCGGGCAAUGAUUCGCGUCCUUCACGCAAGGAGAGAAAGAAGCUAGCUCGCCAGGGGAAGGAAGGGGGAACGCAGGGGAAGAAACAGCAGGGGAAGGGGGAGGGGUGGAAGCAGCAGGGGUUGGUGCGGCCGUCGCUUGCUUGCGCCGUCCACGCUACCUCGAGUGGGAGGGGCGGGCAAGGGAGCAGAGGGAGGGGUGAAGGAGACUCCUCAGGAGAGGCUGAAGCGGCUGAUGGCCAAGCAGCUGAACAAACACAUCAGAAAGGAUACAGCAGCAGAGAAAGCGAAGAAGGAGGAGCAGGAGAGAUUGAAGCGAGCUAA